CGGUAAAAAUGACAAAGAAUAUGAAGAACAAACUAAUAACGACGAAGAUAGACAACGAAGAAGAAUAAAGAGAAGAGUUUUAAAAGUUUUAACCGACUUAUUUUAUUCUACAGGUGAACGACAUGCUUGUGCAGCUGUCAGUGGAGUAAAGUUACCGUUAGUAACAGUUAUCAACGGUUGAGUGCUAGCUUAAUUAUGUGGACAUGACGCAGUUAAAAAUCAUGGCGUUUUACAACAGAGCAGGGGAAUAUGAGUGAGCAGCAAGUCAGCCUGGUCCCUCUUUGCCACCUUAAAGAUGGGAUCCAUACCAGCGUAAAGCUUCCUGGCCUGUCAGGAGAAGGAUGGGUUUAUGCUGAAGCCAUGAAUGUACUGUGUGCUCCAGCAGACACCAGCAAGCUCUGAUAUCCGACAACUCCCUCACUCUUUGCUCUGUUUCUUCUGCAAGCAACUCCUAUUAAAGAAAGAUCACAAUAGGAUAACUCUUCCCCCCCAAGCUUCUGGCAGCGGCUCAGAUUUCCUGGAAAUUGCUCUGAGAUCUGGAUUUCUACAGACAGAGAUUCUAUUUCCAGUCCAGGAUACACCAAGAGGCUUUUGAAGAAACGGCUGUGUUGAAAUUAUCAUAUUCCCCUCUCUUUUACUCUCCCGCUAUUCCUCAUUCCUUGCCUUCAAGUCCCAGAGGCACCAACUGAUGGAGAGACGAAGGAGAGAGUCAGGAUAAGGACAAGAAUUAGAGCAUCAGAGAGAAGAGAACAAAACUGCUGAAUCGUCAGGAAAAUUGGAGAAGAGGUCUUGUGAGGAUUAUUUUACCCAGAGAGCUAUACAUUCCUAUUCCAAGUUAAAUCUAGUAAUAGUUGUUUACUUUAGAAAACUGUUAGCCACACUGAAGCUGGUGUUUACCUCUGUGGUUCAGUAGACCUAUAAGGUAUCAUAAAAGAAGGGGCAACUUGGGAACUUUGAGUAUGACAAGGGGGUUAAGAUUCCCGUGUUGGCCCUUGUGGCCCCUGCUCCUCCUCAGCCUGCUUACCACAGUGAGGAUGCUGGAAUUUGGUGGGGCGCCCGGCCAGUGGGCACGCUACGGUCGCUGGGAAGCAGGAUCAGUGGGCGAAUUGAGCUUCAGCCUCAAAACCAACAUCAGCAAAGCCUUGGUUCUCUACCUGGAUGAUGGCGGCAACUGUGACUUCCUGGAGCUUCUGAUCGCUGACGGGCGCCUCCAGCUGCGUUUUGCAAUCCAUUGUGCCGAGCCAGCCACUUUGCACAUGGAGACACGGGUGAAUGAUGACCGCUGGCACAUGGUCUUGCUAACACGUAACUUCCGUGAGACUCUCCUGAUGGUGGACGGCGAGACGAAAGUGGCCGAGGUGAAGUCAAAGAGGAAGGAGAUGGCAGUGGUCAGUGACCUGUUUGUGGGCGGGAUCCCACCUGAUGUUCGCCUCUCUGCUCUGACCUCGAGCACGGUGAAGUAUGAGCCACCUUUCCUGGGUUUGAUCUCCAAUCUGAAGGUGGGGGAGAUACCGCCUACUUUGCUGAAUAGCCAAGGCAUCCAAAAUGAUCUGGAGUACCUCUGCACCAAACAAAACCCAUGCUUCAAUGGAGGGUUUUGCUCUAUUCAGUAUGGAGAAGUUCAUUGUGACUGCACACACACCCGCUACAGGGGGAAGUACUGCAAGGAAGCUGAAGAGUAUGCUGUUGAAGGUCUGGCGCACCUGACGUUAAACGACCAAGGUGACUCAUCUCAAGUCGGUAAGGAAGAGUCAGUCGCCACCUUCAAAGGCAAUGAGUUCUUCUGCUACGACCUCUCCCUGACCCCCAUCCAGAGCAGCACGGACGAGAUCACGCUCUCCUUCCGCACGCUGCAACGCAACGGCCUCAUGCUGCACACCGGCAAGUCGGCGGACUACGUCAACCUCUCCCUAAAGAGCGGCGCCGUUUGGCUUGUCAUCAACCUGGGCUCGGGGGCGUUUGAGGCCCUCGUGGAGCCCGUCAACGGCAAGUUCAACGACAACGCCUGGCAUGACGUGCGCGUCACCCGCAACCUGCGCCAGCACGCAGGCAUUGGACACGCUAUGGUGACCAUUUCAGUGGAUGGUAUAUUGACCACCACUGGCUACACCCAGGAGGAUUACACCAUGCUGGGCUCCGACGACUUCUUCUACAUCGGCGGGAGCCCCAACACAGCAGACCUGCCCGGAUCUCCAGUCAGCAACAACUUCAUGGGCUGCCUGAAAGAUGUGGUGUACAAGAACAACGAUUUCAAGCUGGAGCUGUCUCGCCUGGCCAUCGAGCGCGACCCUAAGAUCACCCUGAGCGGCGACUUGGUGUUCCGCUGUGAGGACGUAGCUGCCCUGGACCCGGUCACCUUCGAGACUCCCGAGUCCUACAUUUCCCUACCAAAGUGGAACACCAAGAAGACCGGAUCCAUCUCCUUUGACUUCCGCACAACAGAGCCCAGCGGCCUCCUGCUGUUCAGCCAUGGGCGCCCUCAGGGGCCCAAAGAGCAGAAGCCUGGCAGAGAGCUGAAGACUGAUUACUUUGCCAUGGAGCUUCUGGAUGGGUAUUUGUACCUGCUGAUUGAUAUGGGCUCUGGGAAAACAAAGCUGAAGGCCAGCAACAAGAAGGUCAAUGAUGGGGAAUGGUGCCAUGUGGAUUUCCAGAGAGAAGGAAGGAAAGGGUCCAUCUCAGUGAACAGCCGCAGCAUGCCUUUCAGCUCCCCAGAGGGCAGUGAAAUCCUGGACCUGGACAGCGACAUGUACCUUGGUGGGCUGCCGGAGUCCAAGUCAGACCUCAUCCUGCCACCGGAGGUGUGGACGGCGCUGCUGAACUACGGCUACGUGGGCUGCGUACGAGACCUCUUCAUCGAUGGCAAGAGCCGCGAUGUCCGCCGACUAGCUGAGAUCCAGAGCGCGUUUGGUGUCAGCAGUUUCUGCACCCGAGAGCUGCAGAAGCGCUGCAGCAGCACUCCAUGUGGCAACGGAGGCCUGUGUAAGGAGGGCUGGAACCGCUACAUAUGUGACUGCACCGGCACCGGAUUCCUGGGUACCAACUGUGAGAUAGAGGCGACGGUGCUGAGUUAUGAUGGCAGCAUGUACCUGAAGAUCAUCAUGCCGGUCACCAUGCACACGGAGGCGGAGGACGUGGCGCUGCGCUUCAUGUCCCAGCGAGCGUACGGUCUGCUCAUGGCUACCACCUCCAAGGAGUCAGCGGACACCCUGCGACUGGAGCUGGACGGAGGCCGCAUCAAGCUCACUGUGAACCUUGGUAAAGGACCGGAGACGCUGUUCGCAGGGCAGAAGCUGAACGACAACGAGUGGCACACGGUGAAGGUGGUGCGGCGAGGCAAGCAGCUGCAGCUGUCCGUGGAUAACGUCACCGUGGAGGGCCAAAUGACUGGUGCCCACACACGUCUUGAGUUCCACAACAUCGAGACGGGAAUCAUGACUGAACGCCGCUUCAUAUCGGUGGUACCCUCCAACUUCAUCGGCCAUCUCCAGGGCCUGACUUUCAAUGGCUUACCCUAUCUAGACCAGUGCAAGAACGGAGACAUCUCCUACUGUGAACUGAACGCCCGCUUUGGCAUGCGCCACAUCAUCGCAGAUCCGGUGACGUUUCGAACGAAAGGCAGCUACUUAGCUUUAGCAACGUUACAAGCUUACGCCUCCAUGCACCUCUUCUUUCAGUUCAAAACCACCACGCCGGACGGCCUGAUACUCUUCAACUCUGGAGACGGGAGCGACUUCAUCGUAGUGGAGCUGGUGAAAGGUUACAUCCACUACGUCUUUGACCUCGGAAACGGGCCGUCACUGAUGAAGGGCAACUCAGACAAGCCGCUCAAUGACAAUCAGUGGCACAAUGUGGUGGUGUCCCGGGACGCCAACAAUGUACACACCCUCAAGAUCGACUCACGCACCGUGACGCAGCACUCCAAUGGAGCCAGAAACCUGGACCUCAAAGGAGAGCUGUACAUCGGUGGCGUGAUAAAGAACAUGUACAGCAAUCUGCCCAAGCUGAUUGCGUCCCGGGACGGGUACCAGGGCUGUCUGGCCUCCGUGGACCUGAAUGGGAGACUCCCCGACCUGAUCGCGGAUGCCCUCCACAGGGUGGGCCAGGUGGAACGAGGCUGCGACGGACCCAGUACCACCUGUACGGAGGAGUCCUGCUACCAUCAGGGGGUGUGUCUCCAGCAGUGGGAGGGCUUCACCUGCGACUGCACCAUGACGUCCUAUGGAGGAUCAUUCUGCAAUGACCCUCUGGAGUUCAGGAAGUGA